GGGCUGAGUUUCCGCUCCCGGGGCUCCGCUGUGUUUAAUCCGGAACCUGCUGCAGCGGCUCUUCCUCCAGCGGCUCUUCCUCCAGCUUGCGAGCGGCGCUGUGUGUUUGAUUGUUGGAGCUUGUCGCUGCGGACCCAUGGCGAACUACAUCCACGUCCCUGUGGGCGCUCCUGCUGUGCCCAAGCUGGCCGUGACGGUGGACGAGCUGGACUGCAGACCCGGCGCGCUGCGGCUCCUGCAGGCGCUCAGGCCGCACUGGAAACCCGCGGAGGUCCAAAUGAAGACUUUCACAGAUGGCAUUACCAACAAGCUGAUUGGCUGCUAUGUGGGUGGGGCAAUGGAGGACGUGGUGUUGGUGCGUAUCUAUGGCAACAAAACGGAGCUUUUCGUAGACCGUGACAACGAGGUGAAAAGCUUUCGAGUGCUGCAGGCACACCGCUGCGCCCCCCGUCUUUACUGCACCUUUAACAACGGCCUCUGCUAUGAGUUCCUGGAGGGCACGGCCCUGGAGCCUGAGCACAUCCGCAACCCUGCCAUUUUCAGGCUCAUUGCAAGGCAGAUGGCGAAGUACCACGUCAUCCACGCACAUAAUGGCUGGGUUCCCCAGUCUGAUCUCUGGCUCAAGAUGGGCAAAUACUUCUCCCUCGUCCCCACCUGCUUCGAGAAUCCGGAAAAGAACCAGAGGCUGAGCAGCCAGGUCCCCAGUGCGGUGUGUUUGAGAGAGGAGAUGCUGUGGCUCCAGCAGAGCCUCUCCAAGCUCGGCUCACCCGUCGUUCUCUGUCACAAUGACCUGCUGUGUAAGAACAUCAUCUACCAACAGGCAGGAGGACAUGUCAAAUUUAUUGACUACGAAUACGCUGGGUACAAUUACCAAGCCUAUGACAUUGGGAACCACUUCAAUGAAUUCGCAGGUCUGAAUGAGGUGGACUACAGCCUGUAUCCUGAGCGUGGCCUCCAGCUGCAGUGGCUGCGAGCCUAUCUGGAGGCCUAUAAAGAAUAUAAAGAUGAGGGCACUGAGGUCUCCGAGGCCGAGGUGGAGGUUCUGUACGUCCAGGUGAACCGCUUCGCCCUGGCAUCUCAUUUCUUCUGGGGCCUGUGGGCAUUGAUUCAGGCUCAGUACUCCACCAUCGACUUUGACUUCUUGGGAUAUGCAGUUCUUCGCUUUAGCCAGUACUUCAAGAUGAAACCUGAGGUCACGGCGCUGAACUUUCCGGAAUAGUGCCUCCUCCUGAGUGGUUUGUGCCCCUCCUGGUGGACAUGGGCAGCAGCACCAGCAGAGCUCUUUGUUCUGUGGGUUUAAUGCUACACUUACUAGAAGAAAAAAACAUAUCUCUCUGUUCAGCACCUCAUUUUUAGUUUGUUUUUUAUUUCACGAGCCAUGUCAAAGUGUCCUACAUGCUCAUGAGUUGUUGGUGAGCUGAUAAAACCGGGGAUGGUGUCUGUAAAUGCUCUGGACAGCUAUGGUCAACCUGGUGCAGUGAAAGAGGAUUUGGACCAAGACAAAAAAAAGAAAUAAUCAAGGCUGCCAUUUUUCAUCACUGUCUACGUGGUCUAAAAGGUGUGUGUGUGUGUGUUAACAUCCCAGAUUCAGUAGUUUAUGUCAUUCCUGUUUGUUUACAGUGAAAACGAGUUGAUAAGUUUACUGCUUCCAUCUGCUAGCUUUAGAGCUUUCAGAUUCAGAGCUGUAAUCUUUAUCUUUAUAGCUGCUUAAAGAUCUGCAAUUGAGGGACCAAAGGAACCUCAAAUUGAGCUCGUGCUUGCUAUGUUUUUACCUCCUCCUGUCACUGUGCGCCACUUUGCAGGAUUAAGAAUCUAGUCAAAAAGAUGCUUGGCAAAGAGGUAGUGUAUUUUUGUGGAGAGCCCGUAGCAGUCACCCUACACCAAAGUGCUGAGGUUCUUCCCUUGUACAAACUGCACAACUUAAAAAGAGCUUUCUUUUUAUAUAAAUAUCAAGAGGCUUGUUGGAUGUUUGCGGUACCUUAAUAAGGACUGCUAAUGGACAGACCAUCAUGAUUAUCAAGUUUCUCUUCAAAUGGUCUUAAGUGUAUUAACCCUGAGUUUUGACUUGGAACUACGUAUAAGACCAGACUUGCACUAAAAAAAGCUAUAUGAAAUGGGAGUUGUUACUUUUUGUCUCGCAAGCCCUAUUCGGACAGGAUCGUUUCAUUUAUUCGGAUGAUAUCUGAAAUAAAGUGUUGGCCUGUCUUUCAUCUGGACAGCUAUGAAUUACAAGCGUGAUUCAAAAGAAAACUUUUAUAUUUUAUUUUGAAUUGUAUCUCUUGCAGAUAGGUGUCACUAAACUCUAUCAUUUUAUACAUAAUCCUCUAGAAAGAAAUUCAAUAAGUGUCACACAAGGUUUUCAUUUGAUUCACUUCAUUUGAUGCUUCUAACAGCGUCAUGUUCAUGAUGUGUUCACACUGUAUAGUCAUGAAUUUAUCAACAGAAUAUUACAAUCAUGGUAUUGUGUUCUAAUCCUUAUGCAUUAAUCAGGCUGUGGGAUUGCUUUUCUUCUUUCCAUUACAAAUACCUGUACUUUUUCCUUUGAAUCAGCUUCCAGUUAAGAAAGUGUGUAAAAGGUGUGUGUGCGUGCGCGAGUGAAUGUUUUCAGAGGACAAACCAAAAAAAAAUUCCCCGCGACAUUUACAGAGGCUUUGCUAACAGUAAUUUUCAUGCACACGUGCGUAUGUUGAUAAAUUACAAAGCACAUUGUCUGUGCAGCUGAUUUACAUUGGCAUUUAAUCAUGCCCACAAAACAACAUAAAAGGCAAAGCUGAUAGAGCUGAAAAAUAUCUCAUCUCAUUAUCCGUAGCCGCUUUAUCCUGUUCUACAGGGUCGCAGGCGAGCUGGAUCCUAUCCCAGCUGACUACAGGUGAAAGGCGGGGUUCACCCUGGACAAGUCGCCAGGUCAUCACAGGGCUGACACAUAGACACAGACAACCAUUCACACUCACAUUCACACCUACGCUCAAUUUAGAG